UUUGUGCUAAGUUUUCGUUAAAUUUAUGUUAUCUAUCCAAUUUGUCGUAUUUAAUGCCUUAUUGAAUAUCUUAAAUUGUUGGCACGUUACUUGUUUAAAAAAAUUUGACACAUAUUUCCAGAAGAUUCGAAAAGGUAUAGAAAACACUUUCCUGAGAGCCCGCGAUUUAAUCUGCUGUACAACACAGACAGGUGUUUUUGAAAGCGUUGGAAAACACGACACAGACAUGAACGAAGACAUAGAAGAUGACGGAGGGGAAAUUCAAACAUUUCUUCAUCAACAUCACGCUGGCUGCGUCUUAUCCAGGCUUCACGAUCUGCGGGAAAGAGAAGAACUUUGUGAUGUUACACUUGUGGUGGAGGGAAGAGCCAUCCAGGCUCACAGAGCUGUGUUGGCGGCGUCUAGUCAAUACUUCAACGCCAUGUUUACAGCUAAGAUGAGUGAAAGAAAUCAGGCGACGGUGGAGAUCAAGGGGAUUGAUUUUGUGUCAGCAGAAACUCUCAUAAACUUUGCCUACACAUCACAACUCACAAUCACUGACUCCAGAGUUCAAAAUCUAUUUCUGGCUGCAGAUCUGCUUCAGUUCAAAUGGGUUAAAGACUCUUGCAUUCACUUUAUCAUGCAGCAAAUAGACAUCACAAACUGUCUGGGUGUACGAGCACUUGCUGAAAGACAUUCCUGCAAGGCCAUGUAUGAAGCUGCCACGUGUUUUGUUACUGAGAACUUUCUGAAAGUCUCUCAAACUGAAGAUUUUCAUAAUCUCAACCUUAAUGAAGUGCUUGAGUUAGUGAAGAGAGAUGAUGUGAAUGUGUCUGAUGAAAUAGAAAUAUUUAAAGCAUGCAUGGGAUGGAUUGAAUACAACACUGUGAGCAGGAAGCAACACCUUGCUGAAUUUUUAAAGGCAAUGAGGCUGCCUUUUAUUCCUGUGAAAAAUCUUCAGAAACAUGUGAGUGGACAUGAUUUGGUGAAACAUGAUGUUUUUAGCAGGGAUAUAGUUGAGGAAGCAGCAACAUUUCAUUUUGAGCAUGCUGGGAUGAAAAUGAGAGACUCAUAUGCUGAAACUGUGUACAUACUUGGAGGAGAAACAUCAUUCAUGAAAGAAGUAAAGACUGUUGAAAGAUUUAAUCCAGAGAGUACACAAUGGGAGGGAGUAAAGUCUAUGACUGAAGCACGAGCAUCAUUCACUGUGGCUACCUUAGAGGGUAAGUUGUAUGUUAUAGGAGGUUAUCGUCGUGGAAGGAAGCUGAACUCCAUGGAGUGUUAUGAUCCAGCACAGAAUGGCUGGGUCAGUUUACAGCCAAUGAGCAAGUGUCAAGGUGAUGUGCGUGCUGCAGUACUCGAUGGCUUUAUUUACGUGGCUGGAGGAUCCAGUGAAGGUCUGCUGACAUGCAGCUAUGUGGAGCGGUAUUCACCCUUUGCGGAAGGAUGGCAAGUGGUUGCUAGUAUGCAUCGUCAAAGACGUCGCUUUGCUCUUGCUGUGCUUGACACUCAUAUCUAUGCAGUUGGAGGAUUUGAUGACAGCAGAGGGGAUCUUAAGCAUGUGGAAUAUUAUGAUGGCAGCACAAAUACAUGGACAGAAGUGAAGCCUAUGCAUUGUUGUCGUUAUGAUUUUGGUGCAGUGUCAUUGUCUGGUUUUCUUUAUGCUGUAGGUGGUGCCAAUGGCAGGAGAGGUUCAUUGAAUACUGUUGAACGUUUUGAUCCAACUAUGAAUGAAUGGUCAAUGGUUGCCCCUUUGAAGCAUUGUAGGGGAGGUGUGUCAGUAGCUGUGCACUGUGGAAAGAUUUUUGCAAUGAAUGGAAUGAAUGAAUACAUGUCAAUUGUUGAUUCUACAGAGUGCUACAAUGAAGUACAAGAUAAAUGGAGCAGCUUAGCUGCUUGUACACACACAGCAAGAUUCAGUGCAGCAGCCAUUGUCUACCCUCCUGUAAUUCAACUGCAUGUUAAAAGUCUCCAUGGGUCAGCAUGUCAUGAACAACAAUAAGAACACUCAUACUGGAUAAGAUCAAUCUGAGGUCCACCAUGGCUGCUAGGAUAUUAAUACCAUUCAUGAUAAAUAAAGAUUGCUGAAAAGAGUUGCUUAAAAUCUGUCAAUCCUGUGUAGUAAUAAUUCAAUUACCUAGUAAGUGGAGUUGAGAAUAAAAGGAAAAUUAAUUGCCUCAAUAAAUAGA